AUGGACCAAAUCCGCACCCUCCAAGAAAAAGUUGGUCCAUCUAUUUUUUCUGUCCUCGGCCCAACCUUCAAAAUCUACAGCCCCCUCCUCGUCGCAAACAAAGAGAGGAUUCUCGCAAUUCCCCCAAAAACCGAGUCCUACGGUUCUCAUCCCCGCCAGGCGCUGGAUGUCUACCUAGCUUCGGAUUCCUCAAAAACCACAACUCCCAUCCUCGUAUUCUUCUAUGGCGGGGGCUUUACGACCGGCGAGAAGAUCACUCAAACUAUCGACGAUGGGUUAUUAUAUCACAAUCUAGGCACAUUCUUUGCCUCCCACGGAGUCACGACUAUCAUCCCAGAUUAUCGACUCGUAAAUGUUGCUUCAAAGGGUCACGACGCCGUGUUCCCCUCCGGUGGGGACGAUGUAUCCUUGGUACUCAAAUGGGUCGCCAAAACAUUUGCUGGAGAAGGAGGCAAGAGAGAUGUUUUUAUCAUGGGCAACUCAGCUGGAGGAGUGCACAUUUCCACGUUCCUGUUUGAGUCGCAGUAUUUGGAGCAGAGGAAAUCCUACAUUGGAGGCGAUGCGGGGAUUACCCUGAAAGGUGCGAUUGAGCUAUCUGCCCCGUUUCAUUUUGGGCAAUCGGUGGAUGAGAAUGCAGAAAUGCUGGCGGGUUAUUUUGGCACCGUGGCAGACGCUGGGAAACACUGUCCUUACGUGCUGCUCAAGGAAAUGGGCCAAAGGGGUGAGUCGAGGGAGGACGUUGCCGUGCCGAAGAUCCUAACGCUGGUUGGGGAAUGGGAACCUGAACAGAUUCCACGGGGGUCUGACCAAUUCGUGGAACUCUGGAAAAAGACAUGGGGAGAAGGGAUUGAAUCUGGGGUUAUUGCUGGGCAUAAUCAUAUUAGUCCCCCAUGUGGUCUCAUGGCUGGAGAGCCCGCGGGAGAAAAAUGGGGCGAGGAUGUUGUGAAAUGGAUCAGGGGUUGA